AUGAUUUCAAUAAUAUUCACAUUCUUUUUAAUAAAUCUCAUAUCAGCAUUACCAUUACCAGCAAUAAUAACGAGAUACCAUACAGCAGAAGCAGUAACUCAAACGAUUUUAAAAACUACAGGUACAACAACAAUUUGGUUACCACCAGUUGGUAUAUAUAUUAAUCCUGAUGGAAGUUCAUUUACAAGUACUAUAAGUGAUGGUCAAUGGAAUACUUAUCCGGUUACUUUUACAUCAGUUGUUAAUAAAGGUGCUGCUAAUACUCCUGCUCAAGCCGCUCCAACUACUACUCAAGCUGCUGCUCCUCAACCUCAACCAACUACUACGCAACAACCUGUUCCUCAACCAGCAACUACAACUCAAGCACCACAAUUAGUUCAACCAACUACUACUUCUAUUCCACAACCUGUUACAACUCAAACCACUCAACAACAACAACCACAAACUUCAACUGAAGCUCCUCAACCUGCACCAACUACUUCAACAACUUCAACAGCUCCACCAAUUUCAACUGAAGCUCCUCAACCGGCACCAACUACUUCAACUACUUCAACUACUUCAUCAUCUACCACUACAACCUCAACUUCAACUCAAUCAUCAUUGCCAUCAUCUUCAGCAGCCGAUGGUGCAGGUUUAGUUGCAAAUUUAAAUCCACCAAGUUCAAUAGUUUAUUCACCAUACAAUAACGACCGUAGUUGUAAAUCAUCAGAUCAAAUCAAUUACGACUUAGAAUUAAUUGCCAGUAAAGGAAUUAAAAAUAUAAGAUCAUACGGUAUUGAUUGUGGAUCAUUAACUACUGUAUUACAAAAAGCUAAAGAAUUAGGUCUUAGUGUAAACCAAGGUGUCUGGAUUUCUGAAGCUGGUAUUGAUUCUGCUGAUUGGCAAAUUGAACAAUUGAUUAACUAUGGACAACAAAAUGGUUGGGAUAUUUUUAAUUUAAUUACUUUUGGUAAUGAAGCUAUAAAUUCAAAUUUUAUUACUUUACAAGAUAUGCUUAAUAAAUUUAAUCAAGUUAAAUCAAAGUUACAACAAGCUGGAUAUAAUGGUUAUGUAACAACUGCUGAACCACCAGCUACUUAUAUCAAAUAUCCUCAAUUAUGUACACAAACUAAUAUGGAUAUCGUUGCUAUAAAUCCACAUUCUUAUUUCAAUGCUAAUAUAAGUCCUGAUAAUGCUGGUAAUUAUGUUACUUCUCAACAAUCACAAGUUGCUGGAUUAUGUAAUAACAAACAAGUAUGGAUAACUGAAACUGGUUAUCCUUCACAAGGUUCUACAUUAGGGUUAAACACUCCAUCUUUAGAAAAUCAAAAAAUCGCUAUUGAAAGUAUUUUGGAUAAAACUGGUGGUCAAUGUACUAUUUUGACUACUUAUAAUGAUUUUUGGAAAGAUCCUGGUCCAUAUGGUAUUGAACAAUAUUUCGGUACAAUUAAUUUAUUUGGUUAA